CCGUGAUCUAAAGCUCCAAAUGCCUGAAAAACGUUUCUAUUUUUUUCUCUAGCUGCUGCUUGCUUUAUCUGCACUAUUUCUCUGAACUGAUUAAAUUUUCUCGGUAUCCAAACAGAGACGGUUUUGAAAUCGCGGCGGUACAUUAAAUCAAAGGCGAUGACGAAUAUAACGGUGUGUUGUCGGUUCAGGCCAUUGAGCUCAAAAGAGAAGAAAGUAAACGGCGAUAGCGUUUGCAUUCGCAGUAUGGACACUGAAACUUUCAUUUUGAAGGAUGAUAAGGAAGAAGAAUGUGUGUUUAGUUAUGAUAGAGUGUUCUAUGAGGAAUCUCUGCAAUCUGAUGUGUAUCAAUUCAUUGCUCUCCCUAUUAUUCGAGGUGCUGUUAAUGGAAUAAAUGGCACAAUCAUCACUUAUGGACAGACUGGAGCUGGGAAAACGUAUAGCAUGGAGGGGCCUAGCAUCUUAGGACGUGAUGAGCUGAAGAAAGGAUUACUCCCAAGAGUAGUAGAAGGGCUAUUUGAGUGUAUCAAAUCUGCUGAUGAUUCAGCCAAGUUUACGAUCAAGUUGUCUAUGGUAGAAAUAUAUAUGGAGAAAGUCAGGGAUCUAUUUGAUUUAUCAAAGGACAAUAUAUUGAUCAAGGAGAGUAAAGUACAAGGCAUAGUGCUCUCUGGAGCAACAGAGAUUUCUAUUUCAGAACCAAUGGAAGCCUUACAGAGCUUAUCUAAUGGGAUACUUAACAGGGCAGUUGGAGAGACUCAAAUGAACAUGGCGAGCAGUAGAAGUCAUUGUAUCUACAUAUUCACAGUUCAGCAAGCUCUUGCAGAUAAGCGGACAAAAACUGGAAAAGUGAUUCUUGUGGACUUAGCAGGGUCAGAGAAGGUGGAGAAAACUGGAGCUGAAGGGAAUUUUCUUGAAGAAGCCAAGACUAUUAAUAAAUCCUUAUCAGCCCUAGGAAAUGUUAUAAAUGCUCUAACAUGUGGCGCAGCAACCAAAGGAACACAUAUCCCUUAUCGUGAUUCUAAGCUCACUCGGCUUUUGCAAGAUUCUCUUGGGGGUAACUCUAGGACUGCAUUGUUGUGUUGUUGCUCCCCAAGCCCUUCAAAUGCAGCAGAGACUCUAUCCACUCUUCGCUUUGGCUUAAGGGCAAAGCAUAUAAAGUCAUCACCUGUGGUGAAUCAAAGUGAAGAUAAACUUGUCAAAAGGAACAAGACUAAUGCUCCACCCAAAGAUGAGUCAUGUGAGAGAAUUUUAGAUAAGUUGAGGGAAAGAAUGGAUGAUGAAGAUGUGGAGUUACUAGAAGAGUUAUUCAUACUGGAGGGAAUAAUAUUUGAUCCUAAUUCAGUUGAAGACUUGGAAUCAGCCUGUGAAUAUGAUACUUUACGAACAAUAUGUUCAUUGCAGCAGGCACUGGAAGAACUUGUAUCUACUGUUGAGGAGCUAAGACGCGAAAACAAGGCUCUGAAGUCCAGAAUAGCAGCUGCUGAAAUGGCCAAUACCGUGGACAAGGAGAUUGGGGGAAAUAGAAGAGUUGUGGGGAAGAUUUCUGACAUUGUUAGCUGCUUCGCCUCGUGGGUUGGAUUAUCCCCCUUUGUUUAAGAUGCUGAAGUGAACCUUUGUUAAUUUGGUGGUUUGUAUUGCAAGGCUUUGAAGGUGUGUUUUGUGCAAUCUUGCGUGUUGCUAAUCAAACAUCGUCCCCUUGAAGAUUCCAUUUAAAUAUAGCUAUACCGUCUAAAGCACAUGAGGAAUUGGCCAUCUAUGAGUUCGAUACAGUAAGUGAAUUUUUUUGAUUCGUAUUCUACGGAUUUUCUUUUUCUCUUUAGAUGACAAGUUGUAUAUUUUAGCAUUUUACUUGGAAUAUAUUACAUGGAGAAAACAGAAUAAUCCUGAUUCACUAUAAUCUACCUAAGUAUUAGGAUUGGCUCAGUAACUUCCUAUUCUAAGACGGUCCUCAGCUGAAUGAGCUUGUAGUCUUUUGGUAGUUCAUCAUGAUCUUUAAUUUCCUUCUGUGCAUUA